GUUUCUUUCUACGUCGUCAGCAAUACCUAAUGUCACGAGGUGAGAUUCGGCAUCGCCAGUCCUAUCCAUUCCCUCGGGUCUAGUGAUUACUCGAUCUAGAUAUUAACUGCACAUCAUACAAUGUCGUUUCAGCUGCAACGUCCCUUUUGAGUUGUUCAUUUGCCCGUUUCGACCCGUGGCUGGAGAUUCUGCUUCUUUCCCCCACACCUCCUUUUCCCCUUACUCCUGGUUUGCCAUUUGCCAGUUUAUCAGUUUGCUCUCAACUCACACCGAAUAGGUAAAUUAUGAUUGUACCUUGAACCAACGUAGACCAAGCGGUCUCGAUGUUGGGCCGCUUUUGUCAUAAUGUCGGACAUUUUGGGACUUGGCCUGGUCUGUCUGCCUGUUUCCUACGGCUGGCUAUGUAUGUUAUAUAACCAACCUUCUUCGUCCGUUUCAAUAUGCGUGCAAUGAAUCCUUCGGCAUCUACUUUGUUUCAUCUCAACAAGCUUCCUUCCUAUCACUUACCUAUGUCCCCCCCAACGGAGCGUUUCAGGACGCUUUCACUCGGAAGCAUGCCGCCAGUAACUCGUCUUCAGAGCCGGAAGCAGAGAGUCGAGGUGGAAGACUCGAGCUCCGAGUCAGAUACCGAACGGGAUUUCGAUAUCGACGAUGACGGCUUCAUGGUUUCUCCAUCUAAUCUCAGGUACUCGCUGCAUCUUCUCGACGAAGAGACGCGGGACAACGUCAAUAAAGCUAUAGAGGUGCCCCCGCAGUUCACUUUACGUGGCUGCCAGGCUGGGGACGAGCGCUGCCUCUUCUUGAUAACGGAGCCGGCCGAGUAUACCGUUCGGACUGGCUCGGAACAGAGCGGUUACGGCAUUCCAAGCUGUACCUGCCAGAACGGCGAGCGCGGCGAAUCCCCAUGUCGGCAUAUCCUCUGGCUGUUAGACCAGAUUACUAACCAGGUCCUGGGCGUCCAGAGGAGCCCCUUUUCACUAACAAAGUACGGGUACCCAGCAGAGCUUGGAAACCCUUACGAUGAAAUAUCGGAGUUCCACCUGGACAUGCUGGCCGACAGCCUGCACUGCGACGUCGUCGGCCAGUCCCCCGAUCCCAACCCCAGACGGGUCCGGGAGACGCGGGAGAUACUCGCCUCGCUCAACGAGGUCCCUACCGACGAGUACCGACCGGACCUCUUCAACAACCCGCGCAAAGGCCGGCGCGUCAUCAAGAGAGGCGACCUCGAGCAGACCAUCUUCCGCAUGCUGCUCCGCAACGACGACUUCUUCCAGUACUUCCUCUCUUCCAUGCGCGCCGACGAGAUGCACUCGAACCAGUUCCGCUCGCUGCAGCUCCGCGCCGACGCUGCGCUCGCGGGGCUCCGGCAGUACGCGGAUACUAUUACUACUACUGCUGCUGCUGCUGCUACUAUUCCUACCCCCGAGCAGAACGGCGCGCGUCCCAAGGACGUCAAGUGGUGCGCCGCGCACCUGACCCGCGUAACGCGGCAGAUCCACAGCAUAAUCCACAACACGGAGCGGCCGCUCUCGCGCUGGGAGCUGCGGGCCGCGGCGCGCGCAGCCGUGCACAUCCUCAGCAGCGUCGUGGACUGGGAUGACGACCGGGACGUGGGGCCGCCGACCGUCGUUCCCCGCGCGGAGCGCAAUCUGUUCUUCCGGCUGAUCGGUGGUGAGGACGGGAACGGGAACGGGAACUUCGUCGUGGACAUCCUGGCUUCGAUCCCGCCGGAGGUGCUGGGGCCUUGGGUGGACGAGCUGACGGAUCUGCAGAGGAGGAUUGCGGAGAGGGGGGCGCCGGUUGCGUAUAACGCGAGGUUGGGCUCGCUUGUUAGUCAUUUGAGGGCUCGGUGGACGGCGGGGAGGGAGGGGGUGGAGGGAGGGAGUGGGAGUGGGAGUGGGAGUGGGGGGUCGAAGAGGAUGGGGAUGGGCCAGGGGUUGGGUGGGAGUGCGAAGAGGGUGAGGUGAGCUAGCUGGCUGGCUGGCUGGCUGGCUAUAUCACUCUACGAGCUUGUUCUCUCUCGCUUCUAAUGCGGAGCUGGAGAAAAUAGUAGGUACCUAUUCAGUCCGGGAACAGGCUUUCCCGCCACUGGAACUACCCUACUCUACUCUACCCUACUCUACUCUACCGACGGACACAUGCGAACUAUAAGAUAUAUCUGGUGCGGACCAAUCUCCAUUCCCUCCCUCCCCUUUCAGGAAAAGGGGCAGGUUCUAAUUUUCUAAUCUUUGUGUCUACCUAUCCCGAGCUGCGCUGGGAUGGAUAUCUUGGUUUUGGUUUUGGUUUUGGUUUUUGGUUUUAGGAGGCUGUGGCUACAGGUUACGUUAUGAUUUUUAAAGACUAAGACUACUACUGGAUAGAUGGGGGUUUUCUCGCGAUUCAUAUUUAGUUAGGCUAGGGAGGCAGUUAGAUAGCGUAGGUUAGGUAGCUAGGCAGGUAGGCAUGUAUAGAUUACUACUACUACAACAUAUAAAAUU